GGGGCUGGCACAGCCACUGUAGUUUGUGAAUCGACCACCAGAGGCGCUGUGGGCACCUGCCUGAAUACGGUGAAGAUAGCAACUACGAAGCUGCAGUUGGUGUCAAGAAGAAAUGUGAACGUCGGAUAGAGUGGGAUCAGGCACCACGAAACAAAGACAGACAUACAAGCAAGACAUCAUCUCGACACACUGCCUGCUCCACGAUAAUCCAAAAAGAGACCCAGCUAGCCAGACAUCGAGCCACUGAAGGUGUUCAACAACUCGUUGAAGAUGACGGACAAGAUCCCACUCAGUGUGGAUAGUGAUCUGUUCAAGUUGUACCUCUUCUACGCGGCGAUGCUGGUGGUAAAAGUUGGCGUCAUGUCCUUCCUGACUUCACGACAGAAACGACGUAAGAAGGUUUUCUCAAAUCCCGAGGACGCUCAACUCCGAGGCGGCAAAUUUGACCUCUCCGACCCGGAUGUGCUACGAGUGAAGAGAGCUCAUCUGAAUGACCUGGAGAACGUGCUCCCGUUCCUAGCACUCUGCCCACUCUACCUGGCCACUGGUCCCACGGAGAGAGUGGCGGGAAUGCUGAUCAGAGCGUUCGCUGCUGCGCGCGUGCUCCAUUCAUUUUUCUACCUGAAUGAGAUAUCACUCUGGAGGAGUGUCGCUUUUGGCGUUGGAAUUACGAUAACCACGUAUAUGGCAACAUCUGUCAUCUGCUUCACCUUCUAGCAAGAUAAAAUGUCGGCCUGCUCGUGAGAAAGGAAACUCAAGACAGCUGAGGAAAAACAUGCACUCUUGGAAACAUAUGUAGAGAACUAGAGAGGAUCCUAAUCCUCACCGGCCGAAAAGAAAGGCACCCCCCCCCCCCCCAUUGGUAUUUUUGCGAUAGAUCAGAAUACGCAGGGGAUAGAGAGCUGAAACUUGGCGUCCCUGAGUCCUGACCCAAUUGAUCAAGCCAGAUAUUUUUGUUUCAAUUGCAUUUUCAGGUCAGGUCAGGUCACCAACCUAUGACAUCAUAAGUGGACCUCUGCACGGUCCUUAAAUGUCGCAGUCUUCGCGACGCCCCCAGUGCCACAGGAGCCUACACAGGGAGAUGAAACUUGCGGACCUAGUAUCCUUGAGAGGUCUCUUUUUUUGUAUAUCUCAGAUUUUUCUGAAGAGUCACCUGAGGUCAGGGCUUGAAAUUAUUCAGCUUUUCAGCGCGCUCUGGGCACUAGAUGAUUAAUCGUAAAAUUCGUCCCUAACCAGUGGACGGCGACCUGUGACCUCGAAAUUCAACUUUCAAGUACACGUUUUAUCGUGUAUGUUUGUGCCCGUUUCAUUGUGUAUGUUUGUGCACGUUUUAUUGUGUAUGUUUGUGCACGUUUAACUGUGUAUGUUUGUGCACGUUUUACUGUGCAUAUGUUUGUGCACGUUUUACUGUGCACAUUUUAUUGUGUAUGUUUGUGCACGUUUAACUGUGUAUGUUUGUGCACGUUUUGCUGUGUGUUUGUGCAUGUUAUAUUGUGUAUGUUUGUGCACGUUUCAUUGUCUGUUUAAUACAUUUAUCAAUGUUCAAA